GUGAGGUUUUCGAAAACUCUCCUUUUUAUAUUUUCUUUUUCCUGUGGGUGUUUUGGACUUUCAUUUGGUAAAAAUAUUCCUCUCUUUGGUUUUCAGUUUCACUCGUGAAAAUCAUCAUUUUCUUUUUAGCUUUUGAGCUUCAGUUUCCAGUUUUGAGGGUGAUGAAAGUUUCAAAGCUCAUGUCAUAGUUAUCUAUACAAAAAACUCUGUUGUACUUGUCUUUUUCCUUCUGAUACUGCUGCAGAUUAAGACUAGCCCCUUGAAAUCUGGGAUCUUCUUUGUUUUUACAGAAAAACAUACUCAAAAAACAUUUCACAUUUCUUUUUUCUCUGUUUGGUUGGAGUGGAGUUUGCUAUUCAACGAAAAGCUUCAACCUUUUUUUGGAGUUAUUGAACCUAAGGCAAAGGAAGAUUCCAGAAACUAUUCUCUUACAUCUUCUUCUUUUUUCUUAAUGAUUCCCAAAAAUACCAAAAAAAAGAAAAAGAAAAGAACAAACAACCCUUUCUCUUAGCUAUAAAGAGUUGUGGUGUAAGGCUUUCUAGCUGGCAAGCUUUUUGGUACUUCAAACAAAGAAAGUGUCCUUUUUCUCUGUACUCAUUCUUCUAAUCUUGAGAGAUCAAAUUAAAACCCCCAAAAUGGAUGAGUUUAAUGGUGGCUAUAGCAACAGAAACAAAGGAAAAACUGAGAAAGAUGGGGACUUUGAAGAAGAAGAUGUAUGGGCGUUUGUGAAGGAAAGAGACAAUUCAUCAAAGGUGAUUAUUCCAAGAGGUAACAGUAUUAGUAGUAGUAGGAGUACUAGUAACAAGUCCAUGGUUCAAAAAUCUUCAUCAUCAAGUCCUGUUAACAUUCCAGACUGGUCCAAGAAUUUCAAUAACAAGAAAUCAAGAAGAGUUAGUACUAUAACAGAUCAUGGUUCAUCAUCAUCAAUUGCUACUAGUGAUGGAAAUGUUGAUACUAGUAUUAAUGUAGAUGAAGAAGAAGAUGAUUAUGGUGAUGGAAUGGUGCCACCACAUGAAUAUAUAGCAAGAAGGCUAGCAAGAAAUCAGAUUGCUGCUUCAUUCUCAAUGAUGGAAGGAGUUGGAAGGACUCUUAAGGGAAGGGACCUUAGUAAAUUGAGGAAUGCCAUUUUAACUAAGACUGGUUUCUUGGAAUAGUAUGAGUAUUAUUCACCAUCAUAUGUUUGCAGCACCUAACUAACUAAAUUAGACCAUCCAUCUUCAUCAUAUGUCGUUAUCAUUUUUAGUACCAUUAGACUACUAUGUAUUAUAUAUAGACAUAUAGUAUGCAUGUGUUAGCUAGCCAAAGGUCCACCAUCUGCUUUUUCUUUUUUAUUUUCUUCAUCAUUAUGUUUAAGUAUGGCCUUCUUAUUUUGAGCUCAGAGAUGCAGUUUUGGGUUCUUUUUUCUGGAGGAAAAAGAAUGGCAGGCUCUGAGAUUUUGUCUGGAAGGUUUAUAGGAGCAUAUGUUUUUGUAUUCGCUAUC